GGUUGUGAACUGCUUCACUUACCUUCCCAUUUCUCAAACCCAAGCUCCUCUCUCUCUUUCUUUCUUCGCACUCCCUUUCUCUUUCUUUUCCUCUUACAUUGUGGAUGAACAGUCGUCCCAACUAGCUUCUAAGAAACUGAUUGAGUAAUGAUGUAGAGAGAGAAAUAUUUGUAUUGUGAACUAUCUUCAUUGUUACUUCUCUUUUGGGUUAUUUCUUUUUUCGUCGUUAAGUUUUUUUUGAAAAAAAUAUCACAGCUUAUAUUAGGUUGGUUUUGUGAGUAUUUCUUUUUCCUUUGAUGGGUUCAGAAGUAGAAGAUGUAUUGAAAAAAGAUGCAGAUGGGAAAAUGGAGAGAGUUAGUACGUUGUUGUGUAGUAAUAUCAUCAUACACCAAUACCACUGUACAAGCUGGUCUUGUUUCAGACAUGGGACUUGCUCUUCUUCACCCAUUGCUUGCUUAAAGUGAAAAAAACAAACACAAAACAAAAUCCCAGCUUUACAAAACUGCUAAAAGACCCACUGAAAACAUACUAAGGAUCUUGAAAGAAAGAACCAAAAAAAAUAUAUUCAAGAGCUUUUGAUCUAACAAGAUCUAUUUGCUCAGAAGUUCUUUUGUUAAUUUCUUCUUAGUCGUCAUGAAGAGGCUUAGCAGCGAUGAUUCCCUGGGUGCUCUAAUGGCCGUCUGCCCAACUACAGAGGAACACAGCCCGAGCAGCAACCAUGUCUACGGUAGAGAAUUCAGGUCCAUGUUGGAUGGUUUGGACGAGGAAGGCUGUGUUGAAGAAUCUGGACAUGUCUCCGAAAAGAAGAGAAGGUUAAGCGUUGACCAAGUCAAGGCUUUAGAGAAGAACUUUGAGGUUGAGAACAAGCUUGAACCAGAGAGAAAAGUUAAGCUUGCCCAAGAACUUGGUCUCCAACCAAGACAAGUGGCGGUUUGGUUCCAAAACCGCAGAGCUCGGUGGAAAACCAAGCAAUUGGAAAGAGAUUAUGGCCAUCUUAAAGCAAAUUACGAUGCUUUAAAGCUCAGCUAUGAUACUCUUAAACACGAUAAUGAGACCCUUGUUAAAGAGAUUAGAGAAUUGAAAUCCAAGCUCCAAGAUGAAAAGUCAGAGAGCAACAAUCUCUCGGUGAAAGAAGAGCUGCAUAUUGGGCCAACCGAGUCGGAAAACAAACAUGCUGCCCAUCCUGAUCAUCAUAUUCUUCCAUCUGAGGAGUGUAAAGAGCUCAACUUUGAGAACUUAAAUGACACCAAUAAUGGCGUCGUUUUAGAGGUCUCCAUGUUCCCGGAUUUCAACAAAGAUGGUUCUUCUGACAGUGAUUCCAGUGCAAUCCUAAACGAUGACAUAAACCUCAAUACCAAUAUCAGCAGCAGCCCCAAUGGCGCCAUUUCUUCAACUGGCGUUCUCCAAAAUCACCAGCUGAUGUCUUCGCCGUCUCCGGUGGCCUCUGCUUCUCUCAACUUCAACUGCUCGUCGUCUUCGUCGAACUGCUUUCAGUUCCAGAAAGCGGCUUCGUUUCAGCCUCAGUUUGUAAAGAUUGAAGAGCACAAUUUCUUCGCCGAGGAGGCCUGUAACUUCUUCUCCGACGACCAAGCUCCGACCCUUCAAUGGUACUGCUCCGAUCAGUGGUAAUUAAAUAUUAAAAUAAGUAAAAUAAUUUUAAAAAAAUAAUAAUUAAACGAAACCCACUUUGUUCGGAAAGUUUCUAAAUAAAAGACAAAAAAAAGAAGAAUCCCAAGUGAAGUGAUUAAACUCCAGAGCCUCUCCGAGAGAAAGCAGAGCAAUGGGAUUUGUGUAAUAAAUUUUUGUUUGAAGGUCACGGGGUGUUCCAUCCAUUGUUGAAAGUGAAAGCUCGGAGAGCUGAAAAAAAGAUGAGACUUUGGAGACACCCAAUGGAAAAAUUAUGGUACGGAGAAGUCGAAACUGGCUCAGAAGAGAGAGAAAGUGAUAGGGAGACUGAGAGAGAGGUUCACGUGGGGUGGAGGGUUCGGUGGAAGGUGACGACUAAGGAUUUUCACCUAGCCGUGCGGGAAUAUGAUUAGCUCGUAAUUAAAGUUUUAUCUGUAAAAAAAAUUUUAAAAAAAAGUUUUAUCAAGGUUUAAAAUUCCUGUAUUGGAAAAAAAUUUAAUAAUCAUAUUCUCGCUUUCUUUA